AUGGAUUCCCAUUUCGCUACGGCUCACUUAAGAGAAAAGCAUUUCAAAAAACGAGUCAGCCGUGAUAAUUAUAUGGAUAGCGGCAAAGUCCAGACUAGUAUUUAUGACAUGGCAGAAGAAGCCCUACGAUCAACAAGUCUUAAAGCAAAUUUUCAUCGCCUGACACGAUUACUGAUGCGUGGAGGUGUGAAUCUUUUGCGGGAGACAUUUGACUCCAUUCACUCACCAGCUGAUCUCCCUUUGAGACUCGCUGAUCCUGCCAUACAGGUACAGCUGAGAGGAGCAAGACUUACCCAGCCAGAGAGGAAUUGUCUGUACCCAACCCCAGGGAUGUAUGGAAAGUCCAACGAUUUUGACAUCACAUUAAUCUUCAAGUUACUCAGGACAAUAUGCAACCUGACCCCUCCCCCUGGACCGAGAGGAUGGGAUGAUUUACCAAACGGCUCAGACCACACUCUGGUGGCAGAUUUAGUGCGAAUAAAAUAUUAUCGAAAUGAGAUUUAUGGUCACCAUCACAGCAUGGAAAUAUCUGCCGCCGAGUUUGUUCGUCUCUGGAGGGAAAUUAGUGAGGCUCUGUUACGAAUUGCGACAAAUAUUAGUCCUGCAAAGAGAGAUGAAUGGAAGAAGUCCAUUGACGAUCUUCUCUGUAAACCUUUGACGCCAGAUGAGGAAAUAUGCAUUAAAGAGCUAGAGACCUGGUAUAUGCAAGAUCUGGAAAUUAAAAAUGAAGUGGUACAGCUGACAGAGAAAGUGGACUUUCUAACAACUUUGGUUUUAGUUAUACUGAUAAACGUACUUGGACCUAAUGCUGCUGGAUCCGAACCAUUAGUACCUGUGCCACAACAAGCAGAGGGAGUUGAUGAUCCCGAAGCAAAUAAUCCAUUAUUACCUGAGCCGGAACAUGUAGAGGGAGCAUAUGACCCCGAACCAAAUAAUCCAUUAUUACCUGAGCCGGAACAAGCAGAGGGAGCUGAUGACCCUGAACGAAAUAAUCCACAGGACAUAGAUGUUUGGGACGUAAUUUUAUCAUUUAAAGAAUCAACUGAUUUAUUCUUACGAUAUUUGAGUUCGAAACUUCAUCUUCGAGUGCGUAACAAAGGGAAAGGGAGCUGGCAUAUAACAGUUGAAUGCAGUUCAUCGCAAGUCCUUGAAGGUUUGUGGGAGGAUUAUCGCAGUGGUCAUCUUAAUUCAGUCGCCCAGGAAAUGCUAAUAACACAACAGGUUUUGGAGAAACUUGGUCGUACGGAGCUGAAGCUGAAGACCUUUAUUUCCGAGGAUCAGUAUGAGAAAGGGAAAAAACUAUUAAAGGCGAGCUCAGGAGCGGAAGACAAGAGCGACACUCAAAGCGCCUUUCAAGCUACAAUCACAAAGGCUUUUUCUGAAGGAUCUAUCGAGCCAGAUCUCCCGGCAAGGAUAUCAACAUUAGAGCGCGAAAACGUUGAAUUGAAGGAAAAAGUGAAAGCUAUUCAGGGAAAUUUUCAAAGUGAGAGAGAUCUUCUGGGGAGGAUAUCAACAUUAGAGCGCGAAAACGUUGAAUUGAAGGAAAAAGUGAAAGCUAUUCAGGGAAAUUUUCAAAGUGAGAGAGAUCUUCUGGGGAGGAUAUCAACAUUAGAGCGCGAAAACGUUGAAUUGAAGGAAAAAGUGAAAGCUAUUCAGGGAAUUUUUGAAAGUGAGAGAGAUCUCCUGGCGAGGAUAUCAACAUUAGAGCGCGAAAACGUCAAAGUGGAGGAAAAAGUGAAAGCGGCUAUUGAGAGAAUUUUUCAAAGUGAGAUAGUUUCAAAAAUGGAACGGGAAAACAUUGAAUCAGGGAGAUCGGAAGGGGCUAAAAAGGAGUCCAGACGUUUCAAAGAAUUACUGAUCAACUCGGGUCAUAAUACAACCUCUUCAGAAGGAUCUCCCUGUCCAACUAAAGAUGAGCGAUGCGACCUGCAUGACCCAAAGGAUGUAUUCCGAAAGAAGCGAAUUUUAAAACGACUAAUCAGCAAGGAAACACAAGAUGUUGGUGUAGCAAUGCGUAGGAGAUCAAGUCUUGUGAGGAAAUUGUCUAAACAUCGUUAUCAGCCAUCAUCAGGAGAGGAUUCGGAUGAGCAAGAUGAGAUUGUGCAAGAGGGAGUAAGAAGGUCCAGCCUGCCUACCAUAAGAUUCAAGGCAUCAAAAAGGAAAUCAUCCGGUGCUGGCACCCCUAACAAGGAAGACUUUCAGGAUCCAAAAGAAGAUGAUGAUACUAAAAUUGCAGCAAAACCUUUCAAAGUUGAGGUGCAACCCAGACAUCAACAACAGAAAGAAGGUUCACGAGUGGAAUUUAAAUGCAACAUCUCUGGAGAGACAGAAGCACGUUAUCAAUGGCUCAAAGAUGACUCCAAGAUUCAAGGUCAAAGAAACUCUUCCCUUGUUUUGGAUCCAGUUAAGGUGAAAGACUUUGGCAAUUACAAGUGUGAAGUGAAAUAUUAUGAUGGUGACAGUGAGAAGUGUGUGACAUCUCUCCCUGCAGAACUAGACGUCAUCCCCAGUGAUGGAAUGAAGCUCAAAUGUCUCACAAAUGUAGAUCCCAAUAUUCAAGAGAAGGUUGGACACCUUCUGACCAAGAAAAAACCGGGAACUCGGACCUGGAAACAACUCGCUAUCAAGUAUGCUAUGGAGGAUCAUCUUAUAGUUUCUCUUGAAAACAACCAAGAGACAGCCGGAAGAGAAGUAAUCGAGUUCCUAGCAAAGUCAUACCCGAAACUUACAGUGUAUGAGGUUUGCAAGGAACUUAAAGACAAAAACAUACGGCGUUUGGACAUUAUUGAAGUAUUGUCAGCUCAUCUUUCGGCUCCAAUUUUGGGCGGUGAGGUGCGUCUAUAGAGUUUUUUUUACGUGAUAUCGUUUUAAAUGUAAUGUUUAAAAAAUGGGUCAGUUGUUGAUAGAAGUUUUUAGGUCGCGAUCAAUGAUGGUCUCUAGGAGAGUUAGUGACGCUUUUGAAUGCAGUGAUACAGUGCAUCACAUCGACAAUUUCAGGGUCUGUGUGACUUAUAGAUCUUGAUCCAUAAGCAAUAAUUUAGCAUCAAGGGAGGUUGUAUAAUUUGAAAUGUUUCCUUGAGUAGUUUAUUUUUAUGGGACCUUGUCAACUGGAAAAGAUGUUGACUAAAAUUCUUAUAGUCCUUUAUAGACAAGUAGAUAAUUUGGAAACGGCUAGAUAACAAGUGUGUUAUAGUCAACGGACUGCAUUGAUAGGGAAAAUAUGGAUUACUGUCUCAAUUUUUUUCUAUAUUUUUUGUAUUUAUAGAGUUUUCAAGUUUUAGCGAUUUAGUUAUUGUUUACUAAGUAAACCAUAUUCAGGAAAACUUUCUUAUAAGAGAUUUCCAUCCAUACUUGAUAACAUGUAUUUCAGAUUUCAAAGGUGAACAGAUGAAAGUAUUAUAUAUGCACAAUUACGAGAUAAGAUAAGAUACUGAAGAUAAGAUACUUUAUUAACCACCAUUGCAGCCAUAGGCUGAAUUACAGGAUAUUUACAAAUACUGAUGAUAACAAAAGAGAGAAUAAGAGAAAUUAUCUACAUCUUAUAGACAUGGCUAAAAAUAAAACUGUUCUUUAAACGCUCGGUUUUACAUAGGGGGAGAGUGAAAUCACUUUUGCGUCUCAGUGCAUAUUUACAACUCUUCCUUUGGGGGAGGAGGCUAUGGAGAUUGUGGGUGGGGUUACAGAAGAUCUCGUCAAACAGAUCGAUUGAAAUCUUUUCUCUUCUCUCAUGAAGUUUUGGUAAGCCAACUGUUUCUAGUGCUACACUAUAUGAAAGGUCAGGAUAGAUGAUUCUGAAUGCCCUUCUUUGGAUCCGUUCCAAAUCUUCACUGAUGUAGUUUGGUAGAGAACGAUGGAAUACAGGACUUGCGUAUUCCAGGACGGGUCUAAUACAUGUCACAUAGAAUUGCACCAGUUCACUUGGUGCCACUCCAGAUCUCUUGAGUUGACGUAAAAAGUAGAGACGAGAGGAACAUUUUCUAAUUAGUUAAGAGGUGUGCAUGUUCCACUUUAAAUCAUAGCUAAUGGUCACGCCUAGCAAUUUGGCACUGGUGACUAAUUCGAGGGGUUUGAUAUUUAGAACUAGGGGUUCGAAAUCGUGGUUGCUGUUGGAAAAACCAAUUCGAAGUUCUUUGCACUUGGCCUCAUUCAGUUGGAACCCAUCGAGACUCGCUUGUCUCGAAAGGUCAUCCACAGCUUCUUGGAGUUUGCUCUUAUUACCCUUUGUAACUAUUUCGGAACAAGAUGUAUCAUCCACGUAUUUCCACAUGUCAACUGGUGUGUCCAAGUCAUUAAUCAUGACAAGAAAUAACCAGGGGGCCCAGUUUUGUUCCCUGGGGGACACCGGAUGGCACAGAGCGCCAUUCAGAGUGACAAUCCUGAGCAAGUUUAACUCUUUGUUUAUUCUAAUUUUUCGUAGGAUUGUCGUACUAUUUACUCAACACAUA